AUGCGUGGUGUUUUCCGCUUCAUUUUGAAGCGCCGUCGCUGUGCGAUUGCAUCCCUCGUUCUCGUCUCCGCCGUCGGGGCCGUUUCAAUCGACGAAGGGGGCAGCAUCGAAUCCCAGGUCCUCGCGUUUUCAACGGAGAUUCGCGAUCGGCUGUUGUUGACAACAACGAACGAAGACGAAAACGAACGCGAUGAAGAUGACAUCGUGGCGGGACAACCACGACGAGGAGGUUCACCAGCCAACCGGAUGAAAAAUCGACACCUGACCGAAGCCUCCCUCGAGUUUCUCCUCUCCUACUGCCACGAGCCUUUGCAAGGCCCCGGACUCCCGGAGGAUUUCUCCUCCCGGUUUUCGCAGUGGCAACCGCGGUACAUGCGGGAUUCGUUGAAAUGGGCCCGGCAUUUCGAAUCUCUGUUCCACGACAACAAUUUGUACGCGCAGGUGCACAAGUGCCCGGGUUUGGUGCUGGACCUGAUGAUGAACACGGUUUUGCAGCAAGAUCACGACAUCAACCGCAAUGCGGCGCAAUACCGCUAUCAGACCAUCAUAGACACGUCGAGGAGCUUGGUCAAGAUGGGCGCGCAGGCGGCGGCGGGGCUGGUCAGGAAUUUGAAGCAAGAACUUCAGGAGCGGGGAGCAGACGAGGACAGUGCGGCUCUUGCUGAAAAUAACGCAAUUCAGAUUCUGGAAACCUCGCUGGCGUCCCUUGCAGCAGAGCUGCAGCGACCAGUCACGGAGUUUAGUAUUCUUGAAGUAGAGAAUGAGAACGCAGAGGGCACAAGAAAGGCGCAAAGAAAAGACGACCGCGAGGACGAAGAACCUCUCCACGUCCAAAUAGAGCGUCUGACGAGCGGGUGGCUUGCGAAGACUAUCCGGGAGAAGUGGCGCGGCAUGGACAUUGCCAGGACGUAUCCUACCCUGCUUGGAAUAGAAAGCUUUCCCAGCCAACGACAGCAAGUGGGGGCAGAGAGGACUGGUUCUUCUUCUUCGGCGAGGACCACCCAAGUGACGCAAAAAUCCUCCUGUCUGGGACAGAAAUUCUUUGUUUACCCGCUGCACCAGAUCUUCAGUACUCUCUCCGUUCUGAAAUGCGCGUUCACGCAGUGGGGCACGGAAGUGCUGUUCCAUCGCUAUCUCGAGGAGUCUAUGAAUUGCAAAAGUAUCGUACUCGUAUAAAUGCAUUACAAAUUUCCUCAGCAUGAGAAAUAAAAUCUGUAAUGCAGAUUUGCCUUGGGGACAAGAUUUGUAAUGCAGGACUUGCAUUUAUACGAGUACGAUACUUUUGCACAGGAUAGAGUCGGAGUGUCGCGUCUCAGACCCGGACCUCGCAGACUGGUUUUUCGUGCCCAUGUACUCGACCUGUUUGUUAUCAAAAGGAAAAAUCCCCCCUCCCCAUAUCGAAAACGAAAUUUGUGUUGCUGUAUUUAAGUACACAAAUCACAUUUGUCUUGCAGUAAAGGACUGCACGCAGAUCGUAAGCCUAAGGAGUGGCCUCUUGGUGUAGGGGCCUAGCAUGGCAAACGUCUGCACUAUAGGCCUUGCAGCAUUACAAAUCGCCCGCAUAUCGUGGCGGAGUCGCUGAGUUUGCCCUCUUGCACGAGAGACAGGAUUUGUGGCCACAAAUCAGCAUCACAAAUUUUUAGAAACAUACCUUUUCAGUAUGGGGAGGGGGGAUUUUUCCUUUUGAUAUUUGUACGCCCCACUAUGGCCCGAGCACGAGAAGAGGUUGGAAGCGGACGCAGACUACGCAAAACAGAGCGAAGAAGAAGCGCAGCAAUGUGUCCUGGACGAGAUUCGCGUGCGCGCAAGCACCGUACCCUCCUUGUCGUGGGCAGAUUCCGAGAAGCGGGAGAAGAUGGAACAGUGUGUUUUGCAAGAAGAGGGGUUUGGUACAACCAAGUCCACCUUGAAGAUGCCAACAUCAGAAACAGUGGUUGAGGCUGCAGGUGGGUCCAGUCAAGAGUUCGAAACAGAAAGCGCCACCGAAUUCACGGAGCUUGUAGUUAAAGAUACCGGUAGUGCGUGGGCAGCUGCACAAGAACCGUCGAGUUCUUCUGAGAAAGACCAACAUGGCGAGGACGUAAACCUGGACGGCUUGGGGUGGGACAGCGAGCAGAUCGCUGGGUCGCUGUACGACGGAGAUGUUCAUUUUGAAGAGCAGGCGGCAACUGUCAUGUCUUCAACAGCUGCAAGAGCAGCCCAAUCACCUCCAAAAGAACCCUUGGUCUCAACUGCUGCAACAGCCACGCCAACAGCUCCUGAGAUGUUGCAAGUCUCACGAACAACAGAUACUGCUUCUCUUGAAGAUGCUGAACAGAGGAAAGUGACGUCUAACGCCACCUGCGGCUACCACGACUUGGACAACAUUGCCAACCGGGAAAUUUUCCAGCCCGCCAUCCGCGACCAACUGUUUUUCAACUCAAAACACUACAACCGGAACCGCGGCACGGACCACAUUUUUCUCUUCGCGGACGGACAAGGGCCGCGGUUGUUUGCGAACUUUCAGUUGCUGCAAAACUCGAUUUUCCUCUCGGUCGAAGCUACUUGUCCCACCUGGGGAAUCCGUCCGCACCUGCACAACGAGAUGGACGUGUAUGACUGCUUACAAACCACCUACAAGGACAUCGUGAUCCCCGGGCUAGUCACCUACGACCGGUCGGUUGGUUUGGCGAAAACCAAUUUUCCGUCCGAGCAGCGCGACGCUUUGGUCAUCUUCCACGGCCGACACCCGGAGAAAGCGCUGUCGCACCGGAUGGCGAAGGUGCGGGGACACGUUUUGGACUUCUUCGAAAACCUUCCGGACGCCGACGUCUCCUCGGGCUUCGUAGAGAACUAUUUCGAGCGGAAGGGGAGCGCGCACUUUUGUUUGAUCCCGGGCGGGAGCUCACCCUGGACCGUACAUUUAUACGAAAGCUUCUUCGCCGGCUGCAUCCCGGUGAUCUUAUCGGACGAGUACCAGGUGGCGUGGAAAACGGAGCUACCCUGGGAGGAGUUCUCGGUGAAGUGGCCGGAGAAGCCAGAACUACUGCCGGACUUGUAUCGGUAUUUGAAAAAAAUUGUCGUAGAAAAGAAGCAUCUGAGAAUGAAAUCCGCAGUCGACCGCGUCCGUUGCUGGUUCGACUACUUCUCGGAGGAUCCGGACUGCAGCCCGUGGGCGAUGUUUCAGCGGAAACUGAAGAAGCGGCUGCUUGUGAGGAGGUUGGAGGAGGAGACGCCGGCUGUGGUGUUUGGCAGUGGGGGUGAGGAAGAUCAAGAUGCGCAUUAUUUGGAGGUUCAGCAAGAGCCGGAAGCAGUAGCAAGAGAAAGUCUACUUUCACUUCUUGGCCAACUGGUCGAGCAGGAGUCGAACCCGCAAGGUGGACAAAUCGCUAUUCCGACAGCAAGUACUCCUGCUCAUCGUCGUCCCGUUCGAUACUGGUCGACGGGAGGACAAAGUGGCCGUGGAGACGCUGGUGCAGGUGCGGCUGAAGACCAGUCGACCGUUUCUUCAACAUCUUUCGACUUCGUCCAUUACGACCGACACUCGCGGUAUCACACCACGGAUCAAGAGUUGAAUCUGGGACCGAAAAGGACUUUUGAUUUGUUGCAGCGACCGUGAGUAGGAGGAUGACUUAGCGUCUAUUGUGCGUGAGCUUCCCGUCAUCUAUUGUCGUGAACAUGCUAGGGAUUGUACUUCAU